GAUGUGACGGCUGAGACAUGAGAUCUUCAGCCUCCAGGCUCUCCAGUUUUUCGUCGAGAGAUUCGCUAUGGAAUCGGAUGCCGGACCAGAUCUCCGUCUCCGAGUUCAUCGCCGAGACCACCGAGGACUACAACUCGCCCACCACGUCCAGCUUCACCACGCGGCUGCACAACUGCAGGAACACCGUCACGCUGCUGGAGGAGGCUCUAGACCAAGAUAGAACAGCCUUACAGAAAGUGAAGAAGUCUGUCAAAGCAAUAUAUAAUUCCGGUCAAGAUCACGUACAAAAUGAAGAAAACUAUGCACAAGUUCUUGACAAGUUCGGAAGUAAUUUUUUAAGUCGAGACAACCCAGACCUUGGCACUGCUUUCGUCAAGUUUUCUACUCUUACAAAGGAACUGUCCACACUGCUGAAAAAUCUGCUCCAGGGUCUGAGCCACAAUGUGAUCUUCACCUUGGACUCCUUGUUGAAAGGAGACCUGAAGGGAGUCAAAGGAGAUCUCAAGAAGCCGUUUGACAAAGCUUGGAAAGACUAUGAGACAAAGUUUACAAAAAUUGAGAAGGAGAAGAGAGAGCACGCAAAGCAGCAUGGAAUGAUCCGCACGGAGAUCACGGGAGCCGAGAUCGCAGAAGAAAUGGAGAAGGAGAGACGCCUCUUCCAGCUCCAAAUGUGCGAAUACCUCAUUAAAGUUAAUGAAAUCAAGACCAAAAAGGGUGUGGACCUGCUGCAGAAUCUUAUAAAGUAUUACCACGCUCAGUGCAAUUUCUUUCAAGAUGGCUUGAAAACGGCUGAUAAAUUGAAACAGUACAUUGAAAAACUGGCUGCUGAUUUAUAUAAUAUAAAACAGACCCAGGAUGAAGAAAAGAAACAGCUAACUGCACUCCGAGACUUAAUAAAAUCCUCUCUUCAACUUGAUCAGAAAGAAGAUUCCCAGAGCCGGCAAGGAGGGUACAGCAUGCAUCAGCUCCAGGGCAACAAGGAAUAUGGCAGCGAGAAGAAGGGCUACCUGCUGAAGAAAAGCGACGGGCUCCGGAAAGUGUGGCAGAGGAGGAAGUGUGCAGUCAAGAACGGGAUCCUGACCAUCUCACACGCCACGUCUAACAGGCAACCCGCUAAGCUGAACCUCCUCACCUGCCAAGUGAAACCAAACGCCGAGGACAAGAAGUCUUUUGACCUGAUAUCACAUAAUAGGACGUAUCACUUUCAGGCAGAGGAUGAGCAGGAUUAUGUAGCAUGGAUCUCCGUAUUGACAAAUAGCAAAGAAGAGGCUCUGACCAUGGCCUUCCGUGGAGAGCAGAGCACGGGAGAGAACAGCCUGGAAGACCUGACGAAAGCCAUCAUUGAGGACGUCCAGCGGCUCCCCGGGAAUGACGUCUGCUGCGAUUGUGGCUCGUCAGAACCCACCUGGCUUUCAACAAACUUGGGCAUUUUGACCUGUAUAGAAUGUUCCGGCAUCCAUAGGGAAAUGGGGGUUCAUAUUUCCCGCAUUCAGUCUUUGGAACUAGACAAAUUAGGAACUUCUGAACUCUUGCUGGCCAAGAAUGUAGGAAACAAUAGUUUUAAUGAUAUUAUGGAAGCAAAUUUACCCAGCCCCUCACCAAAACCCACCCCUUCAAGUGAUAUGACUGUACGGAAAGAAUAUAUCACUGCAAAGUAUGUAGAUCAUAGGUUUUCAAGGAAGGCCUGUUCGUCUUCAUCAGCUAAACUGAAUGAAUUGCUCGAGGCCAUCAAAUCUCGGGAUUUACUUGCACUAAUUCAAGUCUAUGCAGAGGGGGUAGAGCUAAUGGAACCACUGCUGGAACACGGACAGGAGCUUGGGGAGACAGCCCUACAUCUUGCAGUCCGAACUGCAGACCAGACCUCUCUCCAUUUGGUUGACUUCCUUGUGCAAAACUGUGGGAACCUGGAUAAGCAGACAGCCCUGGGCAACACGGCUCUACACUACUGCAGUAUGUAUGGUAAACCCGAGUGUUUGAAGCUUCUUCUGAGGAGCAAGCCCACCGUGAGUGUCGUGAACCAGGCUGGGGAGACUGCCCUGGACAUAGCAAAGAGGUUGAAAGCCACCCAGUGUGAAGAUCUGCUGUCCCAGGCUAAAUCUGGGAAGUUCAACCCACACGUCCACGUGGAAUAUGAGUGGAACCUGCGUCAGGAGGAGAUGGAUGAGAGUGACGACGACCUGGAUGACAAACCGAGCCCCAUCAAGAAAGAGCGCUCACCGAGGCCUCAGAGCUUCUGCCACUCCUCCAGCAUCUCCCCCCAGGACAAGCUGUCACUGCCAGGGUUCAGCACCCCGAGGGACAAGCAGCGGCUGUCCUACAGCGCCUUCACCAACCAGAUCUUCACCUCCGCAAGCACAGACUCGCCCACGUCACCAACCACAGAGGCACCCCCGCUGCCUCCGCGAAACGCCGGGAAAGGUCCAACUGGCCCUCCUUCAACACUCCCUCUAAGCACCCAGACCUCUAGUGGCAGCUCCACCCUGUCCAAGAAGAGGCCUCCUCCCCCACCACCCGGACACAAGAGAACCCUAUCCGACCCUCCCAGCCCACUACCUCACGGGCCCCCAAACAAAGGCGCAGUUCCUUGGGGGAACGAUGUGGGUCCAUCAUCGUCAAGUAAGACUGCAAAUAAGUUUGAGGGACUAUCUCAGCAAUCGAGCACCGGCUCUGCAAAGACUGCCCUUGGCCCAAGAGUUCUUCCUAAACUACCUCAGAAAGUGGCACUAAGGAAAACAGAAACCAGCCAUCACCUCUCCCUGGACAAAGCCAACAUCCCGCCCGAGAUCUUUCAGAAGUCCUCACAGUUGGCAGACUUACCGCAGAAGCCACCACCCGGAGACCUGCCCCCGAAGCCCACAGAACUGGGUCCCAAACCCCAAAUUGGAGAUUUGCCUCCUAAGCCGGGAGACCUGCCCCCCAAGCCCCAGCUGGGAGACCUGCCCCCCAAGCCCCAGCUGGCAGACUUACCCCCCAAGCCACAGAUGAAGGACCUCCCUCCCAAACCACAGCUGGGAGACCUGCUGACGAAGUCCCAGACUGGAGACGUGUCGCCCAAGGCCCAGCAGCCCCCAGACGUCACCCAGAAGUCACACCCGGUGGAUCUCUCCCCGAACGUGCAGUCCCGAGACGCCAUCCAAAAGCAAGCAUCCGAAGACUCCAACGACCUCACGCCCACUCUGCCAGAGACGCCCGUCCCGCUGCCCAGGAAAAUCAAUACGGGCAAAAACAAGGUGAGGCGAGUGAAGACCAUCUACGACUGCCAGGCGGACAAUGACGAUGAGCUCACCUUCAUGGAGGGGGAAGUGAUUGUGGUCACGGGGGAGGAAGACCAGGAGUGGUGGAUCGGGCAUAUCGAAGGACAGCCUGAGAGGAAGGGGGUCUUUCCCGUGUCCUUUGUUCACAUCCUGUCUGACUAGCAAAGAGCAGGACCUUGAGAUUGUCCACAUCUUCACGCAAGACUGCCGCCUCCACGUACUCCCGUGCACACGUGUAUAUAGCUGCUGUUACAGAACGAGGGACUCACUCCAGGGCCACCUCAGGAGGGGAACGUAGUGUGUGUUGUAAAUAGUCCGUGGUCUUCCGCCUUCGCCAGUAUUAGGGUAGCCCUGGGACCCGGCGCGCCUUACUGGUUUGCCAAAGCCAUCCUUGGCAUCUAGCACUUAACAUCUCUAUGCUGUUCUCCGAGCAAACAGACAAAAACAGGAACAUAGCAACUGCUGGCUUCGCCAGGAGAAGUGGUCUCCAGCAGCCGUUGAAAGGCGUAGAAUUGACUCGUGUUCCUAACAAAACAGUAUUCUCCAUUGUGUUACUGAAAAUGCAACGUUAGCAGAGAGGUGGGUUCUGUUCUCCAGGUGAAAUUAGCUCCAUGACAGAACGGCCUGUAGCGGUCUGUGUGCACGGUUCACAGCCACAAAAACCUACUUGGGUAUUUAUUACAGAGAAGUGCUCGGUUAAACCUAAGUGUUGCUCCUUCAGCAAAAUAAAAUACUCACCGGCCCAAACCCUUUGGUGGCAGUUGACCGUCCCCACCGCCUCGGGCAGGCUAGGCGCGGUCGGUUUAUCCUGUCUUACGGUGACGAGUGCCCGCCCCUGAGAUAUUACCUCAUUAUGCAGAAAUAACAUAUCCUUCACGACUAUUUUGACAAAAGCUUAAAACACAUCUGGUGAAGUUCAACUUUCAGGAACCGAGGACCGCCAGGAAACAUUAGCCUCUACAUUAUGCAUGCAUUUAGAAGCUUACCUGAAAUCUGCCUUUUAUAAAGGAACAGUACGGACAAGUUGAACUGUACAUUUUUUAAACUUGAUCGCCAUUAAAGCAGAAAUUAUAAGGUUGCGACAAUACCCGUUUCUAGUCAGUCAUUUGGCCUUCUCAGAGCGUGAAGCUGCAUAUCACGUUAUGAAUUAGCAUCCUCCCGAUGUGUUAAAGCACCUGAUACACCAGUUUAAAUUCAUUAUUUUGUCAGUUUUGUCCUUGAUCAAUUUAAACCUGUAAAAGAGGAUUCAAGAAUUUAACAGUCGGCCCUUCACACGGCUUCCCCCCCCACCGCCCCAUAGAAUCCGGGUGCUGAAGCCAGCCUCCUGUUCCUCCGUGCUUUUGAUGACACCCGAGGCGUAGGUGAGGCUUCCAGCCUUAAGCUGACUUCAGUAAACCCGUUCCCUUCAAGGCAGGUCGCGGCCAAGUGCUCGAACGCCGCCGUGAACCGGCGCUCUUCCCGCAGCGAGGCUCCCUCCGUGUUCUCUCCGUCCCAGUCGUGGCCAUCAGGCCGCUGAGGGCGCCCUGCGCGCUCGGUCUUGUCUGCCGGUCUGGAUUCUGAAAAGAACACGUUCUUUUCAGCGUUCCCCAGUCGGCGGGGCCGCCCUCUGGAUUCCGAGGCCCGUGUGUCCUUGUGGCAUCACGUUUGCUUAAACCGCUUUGUUGGCAACAGCAUAGAAAGCUGGUGUUCUUAAGCAGGGAACCUCGGCAGCGCGUGGUUUAGAAACGCUCGUUUCACAGACGCGCGCUCCCGCCCGCGCGCGUGGGAAAAGCCCCCUCGACCACAGCCACAGCGCCGCUCAGUGAGUGGUAGGGAGCCCGGCUCUGCUGAAGGGAUCGCCGCGAAAACUCCGAACACCCACCUCACAAAGAAACCUUGCGUGAACGCACCUGCACCGCGACUUCCCAGCUGUUCCUGGAAAGUGGUUUUGAGCAGUUGCUGGCCCGGCGGCCCCCGCGAGCCGCGCACAGCCCGCCAGCGUCGGGAGCCAGGCGGCGCACGGGGCCGUCGGCCCAGGAAGGCGCCGUCCCAAGUCACGGAGCGUCCUGGUUCAUUCAAGUACGCGUUCCGAGUUGCAUUGAAGAACCGUUCGUCUCUGUGGCCUACGGUAUUUUCAGCCGAUCUCAAAAUAAACUGGUUUUCUAAAAAACUCAAAACCUAGAUGUCUAAAAUUACACGGAGUCCUUGUCUGUUCUUUCUCCUCCUUCCACAGAUGCAGUUGUUUCUUUGGGUUUUUUUCCAAUACCUUCUGUGUUUUUCUUUCUGGUUUUUUGAUUUCUGUGAGGAAUUUGCGUUCUGUCUAAUCCAGCUUACCGCGAGACAUAGGAAAGCUAGGGACAAGUACCUUUGGUGAUCUUGGUCGAGUUUGAACCUUUGUUCUGAAACUCAGCGAGCCACUAUCUGCAAUUUCGUACAUGAUAUAGUAUUUUGAAGGUAUGGAACCUUAUGGGGAAAAAAAAUAGUUAAUUAGUUCUUUUUUCCCCCAGAGGGGAAAGUUACGUUCUGCAAAUAGCCUGUGUCUUAUUUUACUGUUGAACAGCAAUUGCUAUUUAUUUUUUUAUUGCCUAGAACUUCUACACGUUGUAUAGGAACCCUGUAGUGCCGCUAGAUAAAUUCCAAACUCUCGUCUGGGUGUUACCACGAGGCAUCAGUACACUUGUCAUUUCACAUGGAGUUAAUGUGACCGUUCUUCAGUACUGUAUGUGUUAAUUUCUACUUUUUUUAAUAUUUAAAAUUGCUUUUAAAUAAACAUAUUCUCAGUUGAUCCCAAA